UACCUGUCACCAUGGGAACGAGGAACUAGGUUUGUCUAGAGAGCAGCUUGGGGCUGUAUCGGCAAAGAGAAGGAGGGAGGGGAAGUAAAGGAAGGAGGGAGGGAGAAAGGAAGAGGGGAGUGCACGAAGCAAACCCCAACGCCGGGAUAUCUUGCUGUUCCGGCUCGAGGAUUCCCGUCGAGAGAAAGCAACCUGCUUAGGAUCACCUGGUUUCCACCUCUAGAGCUAUGGAUCCUUGCCGGAGGAAGCAGAUAAGAUGGAGAACUACUUUAUUGCAACAAUGUGUUUUGCUGCUGACCUAUGUUGUAAUUAUAUUGGAAGCAGUGCCAAUAGAUGUAGACAAGACAAAAGUACAGGAGGAAGAAAAAGACAGUGGAAAAGUAGAUAAUCCGGAUACUGGAUUGUAUUAUGAUGCCUAUCUCAGGCAAGUGAUAGAAGUUUUGGAGACAGACACACAUUUUAGAGAAAAACUCCAAACGGCAAACAUAGAGGAAAUAAAAAGUGGAAAGUUAAGCAAGGAGCUAGACUUAGUUGGCCAUAAGGUGAGAACAAAACUGGAUGAACUGAAAAGGCAGGAAGUUGCAAGAUUAAGGAUGUUAAUCAAAGCCAAGAUUGAUGCAUAUCAAGAUUCUGGCAUAGACCAUCAAGCUCUUCUCAAACAGUUUGAGCAUCUGAACCAUCACAACCCUCACACUUUUGAAGUUAAAGAUUUAGACAUGCUAAUCAAAACUGCUACACAUGACUUAGAAAACUAUGACAAAACCCAUCAUGAGGAGUUUAAGAAGUAUGAGAUGAUGAAAGAACAUGAAAGGAGAGAAUAUCUAAAAACACUGGAUGAAGAAAAGAGGCACCAAGAAGAAGCUAAAUAUGAGGAAAUGAAAAAAAAGCAUGGUGAUCACCCCAAAGUGAAUCAUCCUGGAAGUAAAGACCAAUUGAAAGAGGUAUGGGAGGAAGCAGAUGGCUUAGACCCCAAUGAUUUUGAUCCAAAGACUUUUUUCAAGUUGCAUGAUGUCAAUGCUGAUGGGUUUCUGGAUGAACAGGAAUUAGAAGCUUUAUUUACUAAGGAGUUAGAGAAAGUCUAUGACCCCCAAAAUGAAGAGGAUGAUAUGGUUGAAAUGGAAGAAGAGAGGCUACGAAUGAGAGAGCAUGUCAUGAAUGAGGUUGAUGUCAACAAAGACCGGUUAGUCACCAUGGAAGAAUUCAUGAGAGCUACACAGAAAAAAGAGUUUUUGGAGCCAGAAAGCUGGGAGACUCUGGACCAGCAGCAGGUCUUCACUGAAGAAGAACUGAAGGAAUUUGAAAGUCACAUUUUCCAGCAAGAAGACGAAUUGCAAAAGCAGGCAUUGGAACUUCAGAAAAAGAGGGAAGAACUACAGAGGCAACAGGACUUCCUUCAGACUCAGAAACAAGAACUUGAAAUGGCUGUUAAACAAAUGGAACAUAAGAAGUUACAGCAAGGACAUCCCCCUUCAGGUCCAGAUGGAGAACUGAAAUUUCAACCAGCUGCAUCACAAUUAGAUGGAAAUGUGCAAAAUCAUCCAGUGGGCGGCAAUCAGCCUUUGGUGCCAGGAAAUGUACCAGUGCAAGAAGCAGCUGCUAGAUCAGAUCAUGUCCAGUCUCAUCCUUAACCACUUGUGCCUCAGUUUAUACAUAUUUUGGGGGGUGGGGUGGGGGUGAAAUAAUCAGACUAAAAAGAAAUGUGAAAAGAAGGAUAAUGUUAAGUUUCAUUUCACAUGUGGAAUUCAUAUAGGAUUAAAAUCCCAAUUCAGUGUGUAGAUCUUCAAAAGCACAAAGGAUAUAAUACAGGAUCUUAAAGUUGUGGAUAUUCUAGUUUUAUCAUUACGCAUAGGUAGACAACAGGAUAUCCAACUUUUUUCCUGCAGAAUAUUCUUUUUUUUAUCUCAGGUAUAAUUUAGCUUCCUUUCCUUUGUGCUUUUGAAAAUCUUUCCCCUGUUUCACCAUUAAAUUAUUUACAGAGAUAUUGUCAAUAAGAAAGUUAAGAUGAGUAAACCCCUUAAAUUUCUCGAUGUUCUCCUUUGCUAAUGGGUUUGAAGUUGGACAAGUUUAUUGCUCGUCUGAACAAAAGAUAAGACCUCCACCUCCAUUUUAGUUCAUGAUGGUAUGUUCCUAAAAGUGCCAACAACUUAGAGCUGUAAUUUUAUGGCUAUGGAUGAAUGAGUUGUAACAAUUCCUUUGGUUUUCAAGAUCCAUUGAAAAGAAACAUCUGUGAUCCAAUUUCAAAAAAUUCUACUUUUUAAAAGAAGUGUAAUUGCAGCACGGAGCCAUGGGAAACAGUGAAUGUAUUUUCUGUUUUAUAAAAAGCCUAUGAAUACCAAUGUGACAAUUCUUCACACUGAAAUAUUGUGCAUUUAAGUGCAUUGAUUUAGCCAUCUUUAUUGUUACUAACUAAAUGCAAUUCAUCGCUGCAUUUUGGCUGCAAAGAGGAUACUUUUCUUCUCCCUUUUGUAACAUGCCAGUUGCAUUUCUCUCUCUAUGAAGCAUGAAAGAAAAGCUCUUUAGAUGGCAGAAAUAUUUUUAGAAUUAACAAAGACCUUGCAUUGCCUUUUCCGUCUUCAUAAAAGAGUGAUUUCAAAACAAUCACUGCGUUUCAAACGACGUUUCUCAGAAACUGUAUUUUGAAUUUUAUUGAAAUACUUAAUUACAUUAUUAGACAGGACUACAAAGGCAAAAGGCAUGCAUAUAAACACUCUCCAUCAUUUUAACACAAAUAGAAAUGUCCAGAACCUUACAGGUGAAAUCCAAUUCCUUCCUUCAACUGGUAAAUGCAUCCUCCCCUCCAUUAUGUUAAUUUUGAUUUUGAUGCAAGUACUGUUGAUGUAAAUAGAAAUGUUUGCUGGUCUAAAUUCUCCUCAAUUCGUAAUAACACUUAAAAUCCAAAUUUUCUGAGGAUAACAUUUCUUUGUGACUGAAGAAGAAAGGGGAUGAUUAAAAAAUAAGAACACAAAGUCAUCUUGUUACUGAAGAAUUAUAAUUUUAUUUCCAGAAAAUGGGACAUAAUGUAUAAUUAUUUAUAUAGGCGGUUUAAAAAAAACCCACAGUUUUUGUAUAUAACAAAAUGAAGAACACCCUCUUUUAACAGAAACAUUAAGGGAAAAGAGUCCCUUGUUACUGAUUAACAAGGUUUGCAUAAUACUAAUUAUGACCUCAAAAUGGAUUAAAUUCUCUUUUUUAUAGAACAAUUUUAAUUAUUUAAAAAAACUCUUAUUUCCUGAGCAACCCUUUCAUGCUUUACGUAUUACACAGAACUAGGAUGUUUCCAUUUUGGAUCUUAUUAAGGACCACAGGACUCCAAGUAGAUAAUUUGAAGACCAUGUGUAAGUUUUCUUUCUCUCUUGGAUUAAUUGGAGUAUGCGGCCUCUUCCCUAUUCAGUAUUUUCCUUUAAUCUCACUUACCCAAGGCUGUAAUUGAACCAAUGGCAAAAUGUGCCAAAAGCAGAAUGUAAAGUCGUAAAGGCUCUAUAAAGUUGUAAGUCCUCACAACUUGCCUCUUAUAGUUAGAAAGAUAAUAUUGGAAUUUUUAAUGCACAGCCUGUUAGGCUAGCGAAGGAAGUUUGUUCCCUUUUUAAACUAACUGUUUAAAUACUUCCCUGUUUGCUCUGUGUAGGAGAUACACAGGACAUAUUGCAUGGCAUAGGGCAGCCAAAUGGAAGGAACCACUGGGAACUCCGUUGAAUGAAUUCUUAUUUGGAUUAUGUAGCUGUAGCCCAAAAGAGUAUUGAUGCCUUAGUUCUUAUUUAUUUCUUAUACCGUAGACCCAACUAGCCAAUCAGUAGAAACUUCCAGAGAAAAGUUUUCCAUUUUCUAGAGUUAACAUCUUGAACACAUAUUGUGAACCUUUCUUAUGGUUUACAAAUAUGCUUCGUAAAAGCUAUCUUCUUCUUUUUAUUUACAGUUAUGCACAUUUUUGUAACUCAAUAUAUUGCCCUUUAAUUUUAUAUAGUAUUCACCCCCUUGUUUUAGGUUAUAAAUACAAUCAAAAAAUUGGACAGUGCGCAAUCCAAUCUCAGUUAUUAUCUUUUUCAGUGUGCUUCAAAAAUGUUCAGAUCAUCAAUGUCUUAUUGUAAAUGUCCUACUCCAUACCAAGUAAAAUUUGCAAAGAGAGAUGGAGUAUGAUCACCCACAGAGGCCACUGAAACUAUUCACAGCACCAGGGACAAUGACAAUUGGAAAUUGGAUGACGUUUGCCCUGAGUACUAAAUCGAUUGGAAUCUGUAAGGCUGUGUACAGCUUGAGGAGCUGGUUAUAAAGGAAAGUAACUUUCACAGCACAAUUUCCGACUGCAUAUUUUUCCACCCAGUGAUUGUUAAUGGAAAUUUGAUAGCAAUGGAUUUUAGAAUUGAGAAGUAGGGGGACGGGACAUCAUAAAUUUGAACUAUCUAUAGAAGAGGAAGAUUUGGUGAUUGCCAAAUUAUAUCCUCUUCCAAUCUCCUCAUUCCAAGAUCACCCACCCAAUCACCUGAGCAAAAGAGGAACUCUGAAAGUCACUAUCCCAUUUGCCUUUCCAUUGGGUGGGAGCCACUGGCAUUACAAAUGAAUUGUAAGAUAAGUUAUAUUCAUUUCUUGUCAAAGCAAAUUGUGUUCAGGUGGCACACUUCUGAUGGUGGCCAAUUUAUAAUGGAAGUGGUUGGUUUAUCAGAUUUCCUGCACAACUUUAUCUUGAACCUUAUUGGGACAAAAAUACCUUGGAUGUAAAGAAUGGCAAAGUUGUACAUAUCCAUAUGCUCUCAAGUGCAAUAUUUGUAAGAAGAAUGUUGUUCCACUUGUGCUUUGUAUAAUUUUUAAUCAGAUUAAAUUGAAUUCAAACUCA